AGUAACCUGUCUGCAAUGGCGGCACCAAGGGCUCUGUUAACCUCUCUCCUUAAACGCUCAGAAGGAGCUUUGACAACUCGAGGUGUUUUUCUUGGUACAAGAAGUGUUUCGACAUCUCCAACAGAUCCACAGCGAACAGCAGCAGAGCAACGCGUGGAUCAGGAACUGCAGGUAUCAGAACAAAAAAAGAGAAAUGAAGAUGCUGGACAGUUCACAGAACUGGUGCGAGACUUCUUGGAUCCAAAAGAGUUCUACAAUUCCAUCAGAGCACACAACAUGGACUUUUUCUGUGGAGUACCAGACUCACUCCUGAAAGAUUUUUGUGCAUAUGUAACAACAGUGACGCCCAAACAGAAUCACGUCAUCACAGCCAAUGAGGGCAAUGCUAUUGCACUAGCAUCAGGUUAUCAUAUGGCCACAGGGAAAGCUGCUGUUGUCUACUUACAGAAUUCUGGACUGGGCAAUAUAGUCAACCCCCUAAUGUCCCUUGCCGUACCUGGUGUAUAUAGCAUACCUAUGCUUUUAUUGGUUGGAUGGCGAGGAGAACCAGGAAAGAGAGAUGAACCCCAGCAUGUCGUACAAGGACAGGCCACACCUGGAAUUCUUGCCUCGUGUGGAAUUCCCUUUCAAGUGUUGCCAGAUUAUCAUGAAGGUGCAGAGCAGGCACUAUACACAGCCCGUAAACACAUGGAAACAACAAAAGGUCCAUAUUGUCUUUUGGUGCGACGUCAGAACUUUUUGCCCUACAAGCUCGACAAAGUACCAGAACUCUACCCCUUAAACAGAGAAGGAGUCCUUAAGGUCAUUAUUGACAACCUACAUGACAGAGAUGUCGUUGUUGGAACAACAGGCAUGUUAUCGCGAGAGUUAUUUGAAUACCGUAUACAAAAAGGGCAGGGCCAUGAGAAAGACUUCCUGACAGUAGGAUCAAUGGGACAUACCUCUGCUAUUGCUAUUGGUAUUGCCAAGUUCAAGCCUAAACGACAAAUAUUUUGUCUUGAUGGUGAUGGUGCAGCACUCAUGCACCUCGGAGGCAUGUCUACUGUAGGCAGUGAGGAAUGUGAAAACUUGAAACAUAUCAUCGUCAAUAAUGGCUGUCAUGAUUCUGUUGGAGGGCAACCUACAGAUGCUGCUAAUCCAAAUUUUAGUUUCUUGGGUAUUGCAAGAGCCUGUGGCUAUAGAGAGGUUAUGGAAGCAAGUGAACCUGAAGACAUUGCAGAAAAAGUCCGAGCUGUGCGUAGCAUGAAAGGACCUGUUCUUUUAGAAAUCAAAUGUAAUAAAGGGGGACGUAAAAAUCUUGGUAGACCCACCAGAUCACCACAACAGAACAAGAAAGACUUUAUGCACUUCCUGGCCAUUGACCACUGACAAACAACAUGGACCUUACACAACAGAAAAUAGUGAUCUUGGGAAUGAAUGAAAUAAUCCUGAUUUCUGGCAUUUUAUAAUGGUAUUAGACCAGGUGUGACUGGAAAUAGUAUCAGCGCUGGAAUAUUAUAAAGUUACUUCAAACUGGUAUACUAGCUAAACUUUCUGAUUCAGUAAUAUAAAUGUGAAACAAUAAUUGGUAUAGGUGCAAUAUUUUAUAUUUUAAAAUGUUGUUCCAAGUCUCCACUGAAAAUACAAAGUUCACAGAUCUAUGGAUAGUAUUUUACAUAGCUAUAAUAUUUAACAAUUAUUCACUGAAGGAGAAGUGAAUAUCGGGGAAUAAUAACCGAAACAAAGUUGAGUUUAUUAUUCCCAAUAUUCACUGAGCCUGAGGUGAAUAAUUGUUUUAGUAUAGAUACACAGGUGAGACUUUCAAAAGGAGGGAAAAAAAGAAGAUAAAAGACAUAUUUUUUCCCGGUAACAGCAACCAAGCAGCUGGCCACCAUUUUGGAUUAUCGCUGGCGGUGAUUAUGGUGUGAUAAUCCGAGUUUCUUGACCAUUCAGCUCCCGAGAUUUUUAAUAAUCACCUGUGUAUUUAUACUAAAAAUCUUUAUUGGUAAGGUCAACAGCAUAGGUUUUGUAACCUUUCAGGUAACUGCUUCUGCUUUAAUGUUAAAUGUCUUGCAGAUGUUAUACUUAAAAAUGUCUGGACUCAUUCCUAGUAGUACUGUAUUACUGCUAUCCUUCGCAGCUUAUUAAUGAUUGUUUUAGUGUAGCCAUAGCCUUCCUCCUUCUUAGGGUCAUCACACAACUUUUCUCUCUCUACAGGGAGAAACAUUAAUUGCUGUGAUGAUGUGACGACCUUAAGAACAUCUGCGCAGGAUCUAUUACCUAUUAUAUACAGCUGUAGGUCUAUUACCUGUAUACCCAUAUCCCAAAGUCUAAUCCCUGCCAAUUCUUGACCUGCAAAGGAAAAUUUACACAUCAUUUUUGAUGCAUUUUUUAAUGAUAAAUGCUAUUAACAACUAUAGUUACAGAUUGCACAGUCAAUUGGCUUACAGUGAGGCUCCUAAUCAAUAACAUUCAGCUGCUUACCCUGGGGUCUAGCGGUUAUUUAUCAUUGCUGACUGGCUUUUUCUGCUUUGAUGGAAAGUCACUUUAAACCUAUGAGAAGCCAAUUAGAACCUCUGGAGCCAAGGGUAUAAGCUGCUAAGAAUGCCGUCUCAUGCCAUAGAGACUCCUACUGUAUUCACCAUUUUCCAUACAUUGGUUCACUGGUCAAACACAAAGCACUCAAGCAAGGCGCCAAGGUACUUUCAAAGGAUUAUUCAAAUUUGAACCUUGCAACCUCGACUGAAUUCUUUGUGUUUGACCAGUGAACCGAUGUAUGGAAAAUGGUGAAUAACUGAUGCAUAAAUCCAGUAAAGAAGUGAUUGUGAUAAACACUCUAACACCUAGGGCUAGCUCUCCUAUAUUAGGAUCAUUGCAGUAUUCUCUAGAUUUGGCACUAAUAUGCAUCUCGUGGUCACUACUCAGAUAAUAAUUAUGCUAAAAUUAUAAUUGAAAAUUAAGAAUGUAGACAUAUUAGGACUUGUCGAAUAAUGGUUACAAAUACUGUAAAUGGGUACAACGUGCAUCUGUGAAACGUUGCUCAACCACACAGUACAAAUAAAAUGCACGAAAAUCCCUGUAA